UAUAAUGCAAUGUAAUUUAAUAUAAUAAACCUGUAGGUAUGUACAUAUAUAUUCAUAAAGGAAAUGAAACUAAACUUGCCAACUUAAAUGGAUAAGUAAUGAAAAUUUAAAAUUUGACAAAUGACACAAAUAACUGUUCGCUGAGUUUCAGAUUCAUGAAGGUUACAAGCCUGCAAGGCGGUUUUGCUAUACACACAAAGUAUAGAGUAUGAAGCGUAUACAUCCAAUACUGUUUUUAUUUUUUUUUAAAAAUGGUUUUGUUAAAAAAAAUAUUCUCCCCUUCAUGGGCCCCCUUUGAGCCCGGGGACAAUGUACCCGCUGCACCCCUCCCUCUCCUCAGGCCGGCGGGGGCUGUUGACAGGAUCCACACGGCUCUGUUGGCAAAACACGGGAGCAGCUCCAGAAACCGCCGCGCCCUCCGGCAGCUGCCGGGGAGGUUUCCCUUUCAGCGGUGGAUGGGAUGGAGGGCGAGGCUUCCGAGGUUACCUCAGCCCCCCGCACGGAUGACGUCUCCGGGGGAGCCGAGAAAGCGGAUGGUUCCUCCCCCCCCCCACCCCCUCCACAGGCUUCGGGCCUAGCCGUAGCCUCCUCGGCGCUUUGGUCGUCAUGGCGACGGGACCUGCGCGGCUGCUGCUUCAGAGGCUUAACGCGCCUGCGCACCUGAUCUGGACGCGUGGAGGAGGAGAAAGGAGGAAGAACGGGUCUCAGCCCUCGGCGCCUGCGCACGUCGUUGCCGUAAAAAAGAGGGCACCCUCCGCUCUUGGCGCCGCUUCCGCCCGGCCGCAAAAUGGCGGCGCCCUUUGUCUAUUCCGUGUCACCAUGAUCGCCGCCGCCACUGGGAUGAUGUGACGCUCGUGGGGAUGGCAGCCAUGGACUUCCCGCAGCACAGUCAGCAAGUCCUGGAGCAACUGAACCAGCAGCGGCAGCUGGGCCUGCUGUGUGACUGCACCUUCGUGGUGGACGGCAUCGACUUCAAGGCCCAUAAGGCCGUGCUGGCGGCCUGCAGCGAGUACUUCAGGAUGCUCUUCGUGGACCAGAAGGAUGUGGUGCACCUGGACAUCAGCAACGCGGCAGGUCUGGAGCAUGUGCUGGAAUUCAUGUAUACGGCCAAGCUGACCCUCAGCCCGGAGAACGUGGAGGACGUUUUGGCCGUGGGCAGCUUCCUUCAGAUGCAGGAAGUCGUCCAAGCCUGCAACACGCUAAGGGCCCUCUCGGCACCAGCUGGCCUGGAGAUCCCCGUAGUGGCUGGGCAGGAGAAAACAACUAACAGCAGGCACAAAGCAGAGUUGGAAGCCCCCAAGGAGCAGGAGGAGCCAGUAUCCUCUGGCAGCCCCAAGCCGGCCGAAGUGGCCCAUCCUGCCGAGGACCCGAAGGAUGAGGCGAUAGUGGUGGAAGGGACCGAGGCUGGUCAAAGGCCAGAUGCAGGCGCAACGGGCCACGGGGAGGCCGAGGGACCGCCGGAGGAACUGCAGUUUGGCCUCUCCCCCCACGAAGAAAGCAGCCCCAUCAUCUCCACUCUUCCUUCUCAGGCCAGGGAAGCUGACCCUCCGACACUGAAAGUCCCUGCCGAGAUGGAGGUGGAGCUGGAAGGCCACGAAGAGGAGGAAGACGACCCACCCUCUGAGGUGGAGGGCAACAGCCAGACUGCAGAGGAGCCCGAGCAGACCCUCCUGACCAAUGGCAGCAUCCCUGAGGACUUCGACUCCGGCGGCAGCGAUUCAGGGCAGGAAAAUGUGGGAGAGGCCAGGCUGCUGCGCUCGGGGACGUACAGUGACAGGACAGAGUCCAAAGCAUACGGCUCUGUGACCCACAAGUGUGAGGACUGCGGAAAGGAAUUCACCCACACGGGCAACUUCAAGCGCCAUAUCCGUAUCCACACGGGAGAGAAGCCCUUCUCCUGCCGGGAAUGCAGCAAGGCCUUUUCUGACCCCGCAGCCUGCAAAGCGCAUGAGAAGACUCACAGCCCGCUCAAGCCCUACAGCUGCGAGGAAUGUGGCAAGAGCUACCGCCUUCUCAGCCUGCUGAACCUGCACAAGAAGCGCCACACGGGGGAGGCCAGGUACCGCUGCGAAGACUGCGGGAAGCUCUUCACCACCUCGGGCAACCUGAAGCGCCACCAGUUGGUGCACAGUGGGGAGAAGCCCUACCAGUGUGACUACUGCGGGCGCUCCUUCUCCGACCCAACCUCCAAAAUGCGGCACCUCGAGACGCACGACACUGACAAAGAGCACCAGUGCCCUCACUGCGAGAAGAUGUUCAACCAGGUGGGGAACCUCAAAGCGCACUUGAAGAUCCACAUUGCAGACGGUCCGCUGAAGUGCCGUGAGUGUGGGAAGCAGUUCACGACCUCAGGUAACUUGAAGCGGCAUCUCCGCAUCCACAGUGGAGAGAAACCGUACAUCUGCGUGCACUGCCAGCGCCAAUUUGCUGACCCAGGGGCCCUCCAGCGGCACGUUCGCAUCCACACAGGCGAGAAACCCUGCCAGUGCAUAAUUUGUGGGAAAGCCUUCACCCAAGCCAGCUCUCUAAUAGCUCACGUGCGCCAGCACACCGGGGAAAAACCCUACGUUUGUGAACGCUGCGGCAAAAGAUUUGUCCAGUCCAGUCAGCUGGCCAAUCACAUCCGUCACCACGACAAUAUCCGCCCUCACAAGUGCAGCGUCUGCAGCAAAGCUUUCGUCAACGUGGGCGAUCUGUCCAAGCACUUCAUCAUCCACACAGGGGAAAAGCCGUUCCUGUGCGACAAGUGCGGCCGCGGCUUCAACCGGGUGGAUAACCUCCGCUCCCAUGUCAAGACGGUCCACCAAGGCAAAGCAGGGAUGAAGCUCCUGGAAGCCAGCGAAGGUGAUGAGCUCAACAUCGUCACCGUGGCCUCAGAGGAGAUGGUGACGCUGGCCACGGAAGCCCUAGCCGCCACAGCGGUCACCCAGCUCACCGUUGUUCCCGUCUCAGCACCUGUCACCGCAGACGAGACAGAAGCGCUCAAGGCCGAGAUCACCAAGGCCGUGAAACAGGUCCAAGAGGCAGACCCCAACACCCAAAUCCUCUACGCCUGCGACUCCUGCGGAGAGAAGUUCCUGGAUGCCAACAGCCUGGCUCAGCACGUGCGCAUUCACACAGCCCAAGCCCUGGUUAUGUUCCAGGCAGACACGGACUUUUACCAACAGUACAACACCUCCACCGCUUGGCACGGCGAGCAGGUCAUCCCGUCGGGAGAGUUACUCUUCCGGGCACGGGACAGCAGCGAAGCAUCGCCAGCCUUGUCAGAGGCCCCGCCCGCUGGAGAGUAAUGGCGGAGGCUGCUCCGCCACAAGAUUUGACACCCCAAAGGAACAGUUUGGAGUGGGGGGAAAAGCGCCCCUCAUGCCCAGAGACUCCGCUCCAACCGGCCGUAGCCUCCCAUCGUGCUGAACAUUCCGGCAUUGCUCACCAACCCAUUAUUUAAAGCUACAUGAAAACUGAUGUUAAAAAAAAUAUUUCUGUAUUGGAGAGAGACUACAUCCGUGUUAAUACUGAGGAAAUAAAAGGCUGUUAUUUUCUAUGUUUGAAAUGAAAGCUGGCUUGGCUGAGUUGUGUUUUUCAGCCAAGGGUUCCCAAGCUUUUCUUCUUCCGUUGGGUCUCCCGGGCUCAACACAGGAGGCCUCUGUUCCGUCAACCAGAUCCCGACAGCCAGCCAACGGCUUCCAGCGGCCUCCGAAGGAGAAGUCGCGGCUGCUUCUUCCAAGGGAGAAAGAGGGGCGGAACGGACGGCUAACCGAAAUGCAGCCUGGGCACCCCAAUUUCCUGCAGAGAACGGUUUAAACACCAGGGUGUUUUGUCUUUUUUAAUAAAGUCUGUAUUCCAAUGGACACACAAAACAAAACUGCGCUGAGAAAAACAGUUCCAUAAAUUAAGUCUUAGGAGUAGAAGGACCAAGAUAAAAAGUCUGUACAGUGGGUGAAACCUUCCAUGGGCGGAGCGGAGAUGGGGUGGGGUGGGGUAGGCCCAGGUCUAAAUGAAGCGCACUUACAAAUGAGUGACAAAUACAAAGUCGGAGUAUGAAAAUAAGAUUUUCUUUGAAAACACAUCUCUUUUUGGCACAGAUUAAAAAAAAAGUAUGUUGUGGGGAUCAGAUUUCUUUUAGAGUUUUUUUAUAUUUCAAUAUAUAUAUAUAUAUAUAUAUAUAUAUAUAUAUAUAUAUAUAUAUAUAUAUAUAUAUAUAUAUAUGAAAUAUUAUUUAUAUAUAUAUAUAUUUAUAUAUACACACACCCACGGAGUCCUGCAUAAUACCACCAAGAAGGAAAAAUAGCUCUCCUUUUUAUGCUCUGCUUUGUUUCAGUGUAAACUGUACAUCCAGGAUGGAGGAGGAAAAACUGCAGGGGGAAGGGGGCAGCAGAAAGUCGGGGGUGGGGAGAGGCUUUUCCUGGAGAGCGUGAAAUGCUCCUUGACCCACAGACUGGAGCGGAAAGUCCUGCCAUUCAGAGUCCACGCCGCCAGCUGCUGUGUGUGUGUAUUGAGACAUCCACCUAGCAUACCACAACAAUUCUUUCAACUGUGCAAAAGUCCAAAGUCGCAAAUUUAGUGCAAAGGCAGUUCCGGUUCAUCCUCUUCCUCGUUUUCUAGAGUUAGCUUGUCCCCCCCCCCC